UAAUCCCUCCCGUUCUGUGGGCGGAGGGAUCCAAGUGCGACGCCUAUAUAAAAGGACGCCGCAGCCGGGGGCGCAGUUAGACCUAAGUCGCCUCGUGUUUUUGUGAGUUUGUUGCUGUCUGCUAGGGCCCACUCGAGCUCCGCCAGAAAAUGCAGAUCUUUGUGAAGACCUUGACCGGCAAGACCAUCACCCUAGAGGUGGAGCCCAGCGACACCAUUGAGAAUGUCAAGGCCAAGAUCCAGGACAAGGAAGGCAUUCCUCCCGAUCAGCAGAGGCUCAUCUUUGCCGGCAAACAGCUGGAAGAUGGCCGCACUCUCUCCGACUACAACAUCCAGAAGGAGUCCACCCUCCAUCUUGUCCUGCGUCUGAGGGGCGGCAUGCAGAUCUUUGUGAAGACCUUGACCGGGAAAACCAUCACCCUAGAGGUGGAGCCCAGCGACACCAUUGAGAAUGUCAAGGCCAAGAUCCAGGACAAGGAAGGCAUUCCUCCCGAUCAGCAGAGGCUCAUCUUUGCCGGCAAACAGCUGGAAGAUGGCCGCACUCUCUCCGACUACAACAUCCAGAAGGAGUCCACCCUCCAUCUUGUCCUGCGUCUGAGGGGCGGCAUGCAGAUCUUUGUGAAGACCUUGACCGGCAAGACCAUAACUCUUGAGGUGGAACCCAGUGACACCAUUGAGAAUGUCAAGGCCAAGAUCCAGGACAAGGAAGGCAUUCCUCCCGAUCAGCAGAGGCUCAUCUUUGCCGGCAAACAGCUGGAAGAUGGCCGCACUCUCUCCGACUACAACAUCCAGAAGGAGUCCACCCUCCAUCUUGUCCUGCGUCUGAGGGGCGGCAUGCAGAUCUUUGUAAAGACCUUGACCGGCAAGACCAUAACUCUUGAGGUGGAACCCAGUGACACCAUUGAGAAUGUCAAGGCCAAGAUCCAGGACAAGGAAGGCAUUCCUCCUGAUCAACAGAGGCUGAUCUUUGCCGGCAAACAGCUGGAAGAUGGCCGCACGCUCUCCGACUACAACAUCCAGAAGGAGUCCACCCUCCAUCUUGUCCUGCGUCUGAGGGGCGGCAUGCAGAUCUUUGUGAAGACCUUGACCGGCAAGACCAUCACCCUGGAGGUGGAGCCCAGUGACACCAUUGAGAACGUCAAGGCCAAGAUCCAGGACAAGGAAGGCAUUCCUCCUGAUCAACAGAGGCUGAUCUUUGCUGGCAAACAGCUGGAAGAUGGCCGCACGCUCUCCGACUACAACAUCCAGAAGGAGUCCACCCUCCAUCUUGUCCUGCGUUUGAGGGGUGGUUUUUAAACUUUCUGCUUCGCUUACAACCUUUGAAGUAAACUUCACUGCACUUUGUUUCAAUAAAGCUGUUGGGAUUCCCAA